AUGAGAGUUUUUGACUUGAAAGUUAGCAAGUCAGUAGCCACCGCAUCACGACAGGAAGGAAUUAUGUCGAUCAAUUGCGUUGUGGCAAAAUCAAAAAAUUUGAUCGAGGAUGAAAAAGAAACACGGAAGGAGCAGCAGUUGAAAAUAAAUUUCUAUCCCUUGUACCAAAAGCUUAUGAUGACAAAAAAACUAUAUAUUUAUACCAUGCAGACGAGACAGUUGCUGAAAGAAUCCGCAGCUGUUUCCUCGUCUGCAGUGCUGACAGCAGCUAGCCGCCGUUGCAGCUACGCUAUACCUAGCCUACAGUGACAGCGGCUAUGCAGGCUAGGUCGUCUACCGUUGCUCCUGCUGCAACUGCGGCCGGCUGCUCUGCUCUUUCACGACUAGUACACGAAGAUGAAUGCGAU